CUCUGCGUUACAGCGUCGUGUUGCUAGUGGAAGCUCCAGUGAAAGAGAGAAACACCGUGUAACUGUUUUAACCGAAUUUAUCAGCCGACGUUCCUUCAUUUACAGAUUCAAACAUGAAAAGGAAACGAUCUGUUGAGGGCACUAAUGAGAAUGGCACACCGUCCUCGUCUGGCAAGGUGUCAACAUCUGAGGUUCGGGAGAGGAUCUCCAAAGAAGUGCAGUCUGCAAUGGAACAGUCUGACUCCAUGCUAAAAACUCUGAUGGACCGAAUUCACGAGGUUGACAGUGAACCCAAAUACGACGUACGGAUCAAGAACCUGGAGAUGCAUGUAAAGAAAGUGAAGCGGAGAGGAGACACCGUAUUCGCAUUCAUCAGGAAACAUGGGAACUCCGAGCUGCUGCAGACUCAGGUGCAGCAGGACUCUCUCAGUUCGGACCCUGUUACUCCUGUUAAAUCACAGAAUCUCUCCCCUGCAGCCGAGAGAAAUCAUCAAGUGUCCAGUUCUGCCAACAAAGGACGUACCAGCGACCGCAUGUCACCGUCAGUAGUUGAGAUCGACGGUCCUGAGGGAGGCUCAGGAAGAAAACCCAAAGAAGGCUUCUGGCAGAGUUUGCGUUCCAAGAAGCAGAUUGUCGACCUGACGGAUGACGACGGUUGCAGAAAAAACGGGACACGGCAUAGCGAUUCUGCUGAACCCUCAUCACCAUCGGAUAUAGUGGAUAGCACGGUGUCUCAAGCAGCCGAUGGUUCAGCGAGUUUCAGUCCAGUUGUUUCAGAGAAGAACAUAAAUGCACAGGACGAGAUCAUCCUGAGGCUUCCUCUGCUGCCGGACACUCCGUUCCCCCACCAGCUGCCAGCCGUGGCCCUCACCAAAUCCAUGCCACAACAGCCAGUGGUGAAAGUGGCACGUAUCGACAACCCACGAGGCAUCAUGCUGCUCUGGAACGUGGAGAAAGAGGACCCGGACCCCACCCCCAUGGAGUGCUACUUUAUCUAUGCAGCACAGCAGCGCGACGACGGCACGUUCAAUAAAUGGAAAACCAUCGGAGAGAUCAAAGCCAUGCCCUUACCCAUGGCGUGCAGGGUGGCGGCCAGUGCCAGGAACAAGACAAUUUUCUUCGUCAUCAUCGGGAAGGACGUGUACGGGCGCUACGGACCAUACAGCGAAAUCUGUGCCGUCUGGGGUGGCGAAAUGUGAAUAACACAAACGUCGAUUUUAGUAAAGCUUUAGAAAUUUUGUAAUAAACUUUUAACUUUUUCCACUGUUCAUUUUUAUUUUUUAUGUUUAUGUCUGGAUAAUUUUUUUUUAUUAGUACUUUAAAUUAGUAUUUAAUAAUUACAAUAAACUGUGAUUAUUUACCUUCUCAGAUUCAGACCCCUGAAGCUCAAUUUCUACACACAGCAGCAAACAGACUUUACACAAACACACUUCUAUGCAAAUGCAGACGUUUCCACAAUUUUAUGAUCUACGGUCACGGCUGUGGCCACAUUUUGGGGUUCUGGUGUAUAGUAAACACUCGGAUUACAGAAAUACCUCCUUCA